CGUACACAUAAUAUAUAAGUAUAUGGUCGUCACCACCACCGCCGCCGCAGCGCGCAGCCAUCGUGCACGUUCGUUAAAUGCAUGACCGGGGCCGCCUUGCCGGUGCCCAGUCUCAGUAGUAACGUCGCUGUCGAUCGUGUGCUGCUCAUCACCGUGCCUCGUCGUUCGUUCGCAUUAGUCCGCCGCGACAGCCUUUUUUUACACUCUUGUCGUUUUACUACCGGUUGUCUUAAAAAAUAUAUAAAUCAUAUUAUUAUUAUUAUUUCUCGCCGUCCGUUUGACCGCGUUUCUGUGCGUCUGUGAUUUUUCCUAUUAAAAUUAAUUCCUACCCAAGAAUUUUUUGAAAUUAUAUCGCGAAAAAUGCCGAUCGGCGCAGUGUUAUCAUCAACCCGUCACCACGGUGUCGUCUGUUAAAUCGCGUUUAGUGCGUUAAAUGUGCGACCGCCGGUCGUCGAGCAUUUGUCGUGCGCUGUUACCGGUCAUAGACGGCGGCCGAUGAUUCCUAGACUAGUCCAAGUCUAGGAAACCAGUUCCAAGGCUCUGGAAUCGAAAUCGUCUGAUGCUUCUGCCAACAAAUGUUUUGAUUGAUGAAAAUUAUGUAACGGAGGAAGAAGACGAUUAUCAGUGGUGGACCGAGGAGGACCUGUGGAAGUUUCCCCCGCCGCCUCCCCGUCCACCGUUCCUGGAGCCCCCUUACUCGGACGGGCUGACCACUUGCGACCUGUGCACAUGGGCCCUACAACCUCUAGACGGCACUGACAACGGUAUGUUGACAGUUCCCAUCGCCGAGGUGACGUGGCCCAUGAUACUCGUGCUGGUGUCGUUGUUGUCCGCCGCGAUUGGCGCCCUUUUCAUGGUCGUCUUCCUACACCUCAAACUACGGUUGUCCGGUCGCACAGCGCCCUCUCGGCCAGAAUGUUUGGUGUCGUUCGAACCGCCUACGGACAGGGUUCAUCACCAUCACCACCAUCACCAUCAGCAGCACCAACGUCGCAUAUUGGGCGCGGCAGCUGGCGACACUCAGCGCCGUGGCCCGGUCAGGCGGUCCGGCCAGGACACCACUUCCAAGUAUUCGGGUGGCCCGGGACGGCCGGCCGGCGGUAACGGACUGGUCGGCGGCCGUGGCAACCGGGACGGUGGCCACGGCGGUGGUGGCGGCGGCGACGGCGGAGGAGUCGGUGGCGGUGCCGGCCGGCAGCUGUUGUCCGCGGUGAACCCGGGCGAUUGGUUCCGGUGGUUCCGGCGGAAACGGCGCGUCGCGCUACCGCCGAACGCGGUGCCGCCCAACCAGAUCGUCCGGGCCAACCAUUAUACGGUGGAAGAAGCAGCCGCCGCCAUACCGGUGGUGGUGUACGCGUCCGUCAUCGGCCAGGACGACGUGCCCGUGGUCGACGACGUGCUGUACACCGAACUGGACCGGGUGCCCACGCCCGCCUACCACAACGCCGGUUACGCUUUCGACCAGCACAGCAGCGCCUACUACUCGGACAUGUACGAGCCCAUCGACCCUUACCACCAGAGGCACAACUCCUUACCGUCGGAUUACGUCUGACGCCGGCCUUAGGCGACUACUACCUAAUACAACAGCCACGGCGAUUACCCAAAGACGGAGCACGCGUUAAAUAUACAAGAAAAUGUACACUUCUGCAGCGGUCAGAUACUUACUCAUACACACACACGUAUACAAGACAACGAACAUGUGCAACAACGACUAUAAUAAAACAUUAGAACGGAAGGCGACGACGACGUUAGUUUGUAAUAAUAACUAUUAUCAUCAUUAUCAUGGGCAUAGCUCGGUUUUUUUUACAUUUAAAAUGUUUUUAUUGUACAGAACGAGUAGGUAUAAAAACGUUAACGACCGAAUUUCUUUUUUUUAAACCGCCGCGCCGUCGAUCGUAUGAUUUUCUACACUUGGCAACGAUUUUUGCACUAUUUUAUAGCACUGUUCGCGUUAACGGUAUGUUACUUUAGUUUUGAUAUUAUUAUCGUUGAUAAUAAAAAUGUUUAACUAUAUUCCCUGUUGUUUCACAACAUUCAUUAAUAAUAAUCAAACAUUUUUUACCUUCCAUAGCUGUAAUUGUCGUUUAUUAUUAUCACAUCGUUGUACAUAUUAAUAUACAUAAUUUUCAUAAUAGCAAUGAUAAUAAUAAUUACACACAAGUGUACUUUUUUGUUAAUAAUAAUAAUUAUAAUAUCAUCAUGUAUUAGUUAUAGUAGUGCCUUUCACUGUCGACGUCCUUUACCAUCGUCAAUCGCUUUGUUUAUCAUAAUUUAUAAUAUUAUCGUAGCCAACGAUUUUUAUGUGUAUAUUAUUUGUAAUAACGUUAUUUUUAUGUUAUUUUUUUUCUACGGUUUGUAAUAUAUUCAUGUACAAAAUGCAAUAUAAAUUAUUAUGAUAGCAUCAA